AUGCCAGAUGACCACAGUGGGCCCGAUCGCGCUGCACAGUCCCGUGCUCACCAACACCUGCGCUCCAAGACGUCUGUGGUCCCUUUCCCCGGCAACCGCGCUGGUGCUCCAAUCGGCCGGCCACGCGAACGCUCAGCAUACGAGAAGUAUCAAGCCCACAUCGACUCCGUCAAUGCCAACCCUUACGCGCCAUUCAUCUCUGCGAUCGACUGGAAGUUCGCCCGGUGGGCCAAGCAGCGUGGUCCCGGCUCCACGGCCGUCUCCGAACUACUAGACAUCGAGAAUAUCCCGGAGCUCCUCGGCUUAUCGUACAAGAACUCGCGUGAGCUUAAUACAAUCAUCGAUAACCAGCUCUCAUCGGGCCGGCCAAGGUUCGUACGGCGCGAAAUCGUCGUUGCAGGCGAAGUCUUCGAAAUAUUUUACCGCGAUGUUCUUCAAUGCAUUCGUGCGCUCUACGAAGACCCCGAGUUCGCCGACUUUUUGGUGUUUGUCCCUGAGAAGCACUACGCGGACGCUGGCAACACGUCACGCGUCUAUUUCGAUAUGCACACAGGAAAAUGGUGGUGGGAGACCCAAAAACAGAUCGAGAAGCACAAGCCUGGCGCCACGAUCAUUCCAAUCAUCAUCUCGUCGGACAAGACACAACUCACUGUCUUCGGCUCGAAGACCGCCUACCCCGUGUACAUGACUAUCGGGAACCUCCCCAAGGACAUCCGACGCAAACCCUCGCGUCGAGGUCAAAUCCUUCUGGCGUACCUCCCGACCUCUCGUCUUGAGCAUAUCAAGAACAAGGCUGCGCGCCGGCGCACGCUUGCGAACCUGUUCCAUGCCUGCAUGGCACAUGUGCUCGCACCGCUGAAGAAAGCCGGGAUCGAUGGAAUCGAAGUGACUAGUGGAGAUGGGGUCACUCGGCGUGGCCAUCCGAUCUUUGCCAUGUACGUCGGGGACUACCCCGAGCAGUUGCUCGUAACGUGCUGCAAAAAUGGUACGUGUCCUAAGUGCGACAUCCCACGCGAUGAUAUUGGCGCAUCCACAGACUCCGCCCGCCCCCUGCGCGACCUGAAGAAGAUCAUGAACGCCCUCGACAAAUUCGACUCCGACACGCCGGCUGCCUUCUCGAAGGCGUGCAGAGACGCAGGGAUCAAGCCCGUUGUGAAUCCCUUUUGGAAGGACCUCCCCUACGCUGACGUCUACCAAUCCAUCACACCCGACAUCCUGCACCAGCUCUAUCAAGGCGUCAUCAAGCAUAUUGUGUCGUGGCUGAAGUCUGCGUACGGCCCGGACGAGCUGGACGCGCGAUGCCGGCGGCUCCCGCCCAAUCACCAGAUUCGUCUCUUCCUGAAGGGAAUCACAACGCUGCAGAGGGUGACCGGAAAAGAGCACGCCGACAUCUGCCGCUUCCUCCUAGCGCUCAUCAUCGGUCUUCCCCUCCCAGGCGGUAUCUCUGCUGUUCGUCUUGUUCGUGCAGUGCGCGCUCUCCUCGACUUCCUCUAUAUUGCACAAUAUCCAGCCCAUACAUCUGAGACACUCGAACUGCUAGAAGACGCUCUUCGGCGGUUUCACACGAAUAAGGAGGUCUUUGUCCAGCUCGGAGUCCGCCAGCACUUCAAGUUGCCGAAGCUCCACUCGCUCGACCACUACGUCCAGUCUAUCAAGCUGUUCGGCACAACUGACAACUAUGAUACCCAGUACACCGAGCGCCUACACAUCGACUUCGCGAAGGACGCCUAUCGCGCCACCAAUCACAAGGAUGAGUUCCCUCAAAUGACGACCUGGCUCGAGCGACGUGAGAAGAUAUUGCGGCAUGCGGCGUACGUCGAGUGGCGCCUGCGCCGGGGCCCCCGCGCGCAGUGUUCCAUCUGGACGCGCAUCAAGAUUACCAAAUGGCCGAGCGUCAAGGCACUCUCCCUCGAAGCAGCUGCCGAACGGUACGGCGCCUUGUAUCUCCGUGACGCAUUGGCGCGCUUUGUGGUUCAGUAUCGUAACCCCGGACUAUCUGCUGCCGAAGUUGAGCAAGCAUCCCUCGCUGUCAGCCUCCGUUUCCGCAAGAUCCCGGCCUUUCACAAGCUCAAGUUCGCACUUGACGACGCACAGGACCUUGGGGUCAUGGACAACACUCAAGACGUCGCUCAUGCGCGGCCGGAAAGGAAGGAUAAGCAGGGUCGGACUGUACCUGGUCGCUUCGACACCGUACUUGUCAAUGAUGGCACCGGUGGUUUCUCGGGGGUCCAAGGAUAUCACGUUGCUCAGCUGCGUCUGGUCUUCAAGCUCCCAAAGGCUGCGUGCCAAGAGCUAUUUCCGGACGUCCUCGUGCCAGGACACCUUGCCUACGUCGAACGCUUCACGCCGUUCACUGCACCCGACCCCGCCCACGGUCUCUAUAAGGUCACACGACGACGCGAUGCAGCGGGCGCGCGUUUAGCGACUGUUGUCGAGGUGCGAAACAUCCGACGAAGUUGCCAUCUCCUCCCUGUAACAGGUGCCGUAGUCCCGCGCGAAUGGACCAGUAGUACAGUUCUCGAAUCCUCCGAGAGCUUCUGGGUUAACCCUUUUAGUGACCUCCAUAUGUACAUGACUUUGUUUUGA